CGCCGAAUACUUAGUUGGCUUCGAAUCUUGCAGUGAGUCAAGAUCCGCCAAGGUCAACAACGCAGCACCGGCUGCCUAGGCUUGUGAGUUUUCCAUAAGCGGUUUUGUGCGAGCUGGUUUUAGUUUUUCUCCAGUCGGCGAAGCGAUCUGUCUUAGAGACAUUUGAGUCGAUUUCGGGGCUCGGCGCUAAGUGGCGUAGCACGCAGAACUACCCCUUUGCUUUGAUUGGGUUUAAGCGAUUCGGUUGUACCGGUUUCGGAUUUGGGGAGAGAGCUUUUUCCCACUAAACGCUAAGCGGAGAGAACGCGGGAAGCGAACAUUUGCGGAUGAAAACACACCGAAAGCGCUAGGGAGAGAGAGCAAGAGCAAUCUCGGCAGCAUCCAGAGGACUAACUCUAGACUUUAGUGCUUUUAUAAAGUGAGGUGUUAUUUUUAAUCGAACGUUAAUUUAAUAAAUUUCUUCCGCGAGGUUUGGUGGAUGUGCGGUCGAUCUUGAACGCGUAAACUUUUUCGAAUUCUCGCGUGUGCCAAAACCCGAAGAACUUUCCGGAAGAAAAUAAUUCGGGAAGUUUUUGGGCGAAACCAACUCGUUUUCGCAUCGCUAAUUUGCAUAACCGGGUCCAGCCAGACAACAGCCUCAGAAUCUUCUGAAAGGGGGAUGACAUCCCAGUUCGAUUUGCUUCGACGACCGGCUUCAUCAGAAUCAGCAUCAUCAUCAAAGUGCUAAAUGUGUUUGAAGAUUGGAACGAUCAGCUAGUCAAUCGAAGCGACAUGAGAUAAUCAAUUACUAGCUGCUAGAGCCCGAGUUCUUCCAAAAAAAAAAACAGUGAUACAUCACCAUAUCGCAACUGCUAUCGAAUGUCAAUUACUGCUAGUUGAUGCUGCAACUUCAAUCGGAACGAAUGCUGAUCGAUAGCACUCGGCGGGAAUAGAGAGUUUAAUUAGUUUAAAUUAAUUUUACCAAAAACCCUAUCGGUGACAGCAGAAGAAGUCACACAAACGCCAAAAUGUCACUGAACACGACGACGUCGUCCAGUUACUGGGACUAUCUGUUCACGGAACUGGCAGAUCCGCGGACAAACCACUGGCCCCUGAUAGCAUCCCCGGUUCCUGGGCUCACCAUCAUUGCCAGCUAUCUCUACUUUGUACUGAACUUCGGGCCCAAAUAUAUGGCAAAUCGAAAGCCGUUCCAGAUGCAGCGGACGCUAGUUGUGUACAAUUUCGCCCAGGUCCUGAUUAGUGUUUAUCUGUUCGUGGAGGGUCUCGAUGGCGCCUGGCUGCGGCACUACAGCUGGCGUUGCCAACCGGUCGAUUGGUCCGAUACUCCGCCGGCUAUCCGAGUCGCCCAGGGCUGCUACCUGUACUUCCUGGCCAAGCUGACCGAGCUGCUGGAUACGGUAUUCUUCACCUUGCGCAAGAAGGACAACCAGAUCAGCUUCCUGCAUCUGUACCAUCACACGGUGAUGCCAAUGAUCUCGUGGGGGGCCACCAAGUACUACCCGGGCGGACAUGGCACAUUCAUCGGUGUCAUCAAUUCAUUUGUACACAUUGUGAUGUACACCUACUACAUGAUGGCUGCCAUGGGACCCCAGUUCCACAAAUACUUGUGGUGGAAGAAAUACAUCACAGAUCUGCAGAUGGUCCAAUUCGGAAUGGCAUUCAUGCACUCGGCUCAGCUUCUGUGGACCGAUUGUGGCUACCCUCGUUGGUCCGUUUGCUUCACCCUGCCGAAUGCGAUCUUCUUCUAUAUGCUGUUCAACGACUUCUACAAGAAGACUUAUGUAAGCAAACGGCGGCUUGCUGAUGCCAAGAAGAAGGCCGAAAGCAGUCGAAUGCUGCAAGAGGAAAAUUCAGAGAGCAAAGCAAAAGAGCAGUAACUCACUUUUGGAUACCCAACCCCGGCAGGAGCUGUCCAGCUUCUGUUAAUCGAAUUUCACCACCGCUGUUGUUGAAUAUUCUCCAGUCAAUUGGUCCCAGUUCCAGAUUUUACAAAAAAAAACAAUUAUAAAUAAAAAUCCGUUCUUCCAUUUUACACAAAUUUGUAAAGGUCUUUCGUUUACCAAAUCCACGCGUAUUUGCUCAAAAACAAACUCUUACCAACGAAAGUUCUACUCAUAAGUUUAGGCGGACGCAAAGUUCGAGGCCGUCAUAGGACACAACUUUGUGAUGUUGUGUCAUGGCGAAGAAUCUUUGCAGUGUAAGGAGUUUUUCCUUAGUGUUGUAAGAUAUUUUCUCUGUUGUAAGUUAGUAGAACGAAACUUAGAACCCGAUAAGCGAUUUUAAUGUUUAACCUAAGAUACCAAUAA